UAUAUGAAACUGAAUUGAACUUCCAAUAUUGUGCUGGAUAUUUAGGAAUUCUGCUAGCUGAAAGCCUCUAAGGUUGUCCAAAUGGAGAAUCAAAACAACUUAAAGAAACCCCUGCUAUCAGAAUCAGUUGAUCCUUCCUCAUGCCAUCAGAAGGAUGUAGCAAAGAAGAAGAAGAAACUUCAUCGGUCUAGAAGUGCUCCUCUCAUCGUGUCCCUCCCUGGAGAUUUUCCAACUGUUGAUCACGAGCCUGAUCCCUCACCUGAAUCCCUCUUUAAGAGACUCCAUCCUAGCUUUAAAAAAAUAACUAUGUACUUGUCUUUUUACCUUCUUACUGGUGGUGUUUGUUUUUAUAUAGUAAGAGAUCAGGUAAGUGGUAAAAAGACUAGUAAUAGCAUCAUUGAUUCUCUUUACUUUUGUAUGGUUACCAUGACUACAGUCGGAUAUGGUGAUUUAGUCCCUCAAAGUGCCCUCGCUAAAGUCCUUGCUUGUGCUUUUGUCUUCUUGGGGAUGGCUUUGGUAGGGUUAGUUCUUAGCCAUGGGGCAGAUUAUCUCGUUGAGAAGCAACAGGCAUUGCUCAUUAGAGCAUUGCAAAUGCGCAAAAGAUUUCAACCAAGUGACGUUAUGAAGGAGAUUGAAUCAGGGAAAGUUCGAUAUAAGUGUGCUGUGGUUGCACUAAUCCUUUUUGUACUUAUCGUCAGUGGGAUUGUUUUCCUGAUUUUUGUAGAGAAGUUAGAUACUCUGGAUGCUCUUUACUGUGUUUGUGUUACAAUGACAUCCUUGGGUUAUGGAGAUUUUAGCUUUUCAACAGAAGGAGGUCGUGCUUUUGCAGUUUUGUGGAUAUUAAUGAGCACUAUUUGCUUGGGGCAAUUCUUCCUCUAUCUUGCUGAGCUUAACACAGAAAGUAGGCAAAAUGCCCUUAUCAAGUGGGUUCUUACUCGACGUGUGACUAUUGUAGAUCUAGAGGCUGCUGAUAUGGACAACGAUGGAGUUGUAGAUGCUGCUGAAUUUGUAUUGUAUAAGCUGAAGGAGAUGGGGAAGAUUACACAGAAUGAUAUAUCACUUGUAAUGAAAGGUUUUGAAGAACUAGAUGUUGAUCAGUCGGGAACUUUGUCGGUGUAUGAUUUGCAACAAUUAGCUUCAUAACCUACAUCCAUAGUGAUCACCAAAGCAGUGCAAUAAAGAGAAUUGUGGAUGAGUAGAGCUAUGAGAAAGGAUUGUGAUUUUUGGUAUUUCUUGUGUGGCAUGAUUUUGUAAGUGUGCAUGUAUAUGCCUGUUUUUCAUCUUUUGACUUGUUGGUUGUUUGGGUAUGUCACUACUCACUACUUUCAUACGUAACAAUCCUCUCUUAACAACGAUGGGUAUGUAGUGAACAUCAUUGAAAACUUUUUGCCAUCUUGUAAACGAGAUUGAAAAUAUAUUGAUAUACAAUCACUUGUACAUUUAUCAGUGU